CAGCUUGAUGACUGGACGACUCAAUCACUCCUCACGAACAGAACUGUAAGAAUCGGUCGUUUCACCGUGACAACAACUACAGCACAAGAAGAACACAGCAGAAACAAUACACCAGUGCCUCCUUUACAACAAAGUUCGAACGAAGAAGGUUCACCCAGGAGGCCUCGUCACAUUAGUCUGGCUGAUGUAGGAUCCCCUAAGAAACUACGUCGAAUUCUUUCACGUAAAAGUGAACGAAAUCCUGAAGGUACAUGAAAUAGUUUGCCAACUAACUGAGUUAACAUCUUAGUAAACAGAUGCUUUCUGACUAAGACAUUUAUUUCAUGGGCAGCAGAUGGUGCUCAACUUUAAGAAAUUAAACUACAUCACUCAUUCAUUUGCCUUCAAAUACAAAACUACUACAUCUAUUAGGCCAAUGAAAAUUGAUAUCAUGUUUCUCGUCCCCGCCCGCAUGGGAUUUAUCUGCCGCACGAAAAUAUUUCAUUAUUCAUUAUUUUUGAAAAAUAAGCUUAACAAAACACCAAAUUUGAUCUCCAUAUCAAAGUCUUAUUGCUGCAAUCCGCAAGCGCAACUCAAAUUGUAUCUUUCUAAAGAUAUUACUCGCCAGAAUGCCUUUAUUUUUCAUGUCAGCCCUGGCCCCUGGUAUGUGUAGAAAUAUACUGUAGUGUAGGACGUAUUAAAUUAAAAUGAAUUAUACACCGAUUUACUUCAGAUUUUUAUGGCGUUUUUUACUGGGUCAAGGAAAUUAUUGACAAGCAGAAUUCAAAUACAAAAAAUAAUGAAAAAAUCCCGCUCCAAAUUUUUGAAUAUUGUGGACGAGAAACAUGAUACCAAUUUUCAUUGGCCUAUCAAUGAAAAUAAUUAAUAUUAUUUUCAGUACUCUGAUAACUGCUGGUUGACCACCCUCUGCUACACGAUAAUGUUUAAUGGAACCGCCCUAUAUCUAUACUGAAUUCAUCACCAUCACGUCAAAUCAAUAAUGAUGUGUUACUUAUUACUGUACAUUCUUCCAUUAAGGACGAAGAUCCACUGUGGUUGAACUGGACGAGUCUGAAUUCACAGAUCAACUCGAGGCGCGUUGUCAUGGCAUUGCGUCAAAACUAGAAGGACUUUCUGGCACUAGUAUUAUCCUACCUGGAAACAGAGUCCCGUAUGUCUUUCAGGAGUAUCAGGGACUCAAAUCACCCGAGCCACUAACCUCUGCUUUUGAAACAAGUGGUAAUACGUUAACUAUCGCUGGAGACAGUAGACAAAGAAACAUCUCUCGUUUCCGCUUAGAUAAUCAACUAGGUAGGUGAAUUACAUGUUUUUUUUUAAAGACGUUAAGUUUAGUAUCUUGUUUUACCAAUGUAAACUUGUUUAGGAAUAAUUACUUUACCUACUCUAAACAAGGAUAAUAUGAUUGUGAUCAAAUUUAUAGAAGUUGAUACACUUUUAAUACUUCUCUAUUCUUCGCGCCGCCCGUAACCCAGGGCCUGUUCGCAGGCUAAUACUUCUCAUGUGAGUAGAGUUCAGACUUUUACUACGAGUUUCAUCCAUGGGUCAAACUGGAAGCACUCUUCUCACACGUGAAAGGCACGUCAACUACUUCAUUUCUAUCCAACUGACCUUCAUACUGGGUGCAUCUACGAGUUCUAGACUGUUCUCCCUAGAAAGGCUGAAGUGAAAGCCAGCCACCUCCACCUUCGUUAGAGCUACCUCUACUAUCGUUAUCUGGUAUCGUUAUUGAAACUUAAAUAUUGUUUCUCUAGCCGUAGUGAGAGAAAGUGACGGAGAAACGUCUGAUGCACCGAGUACGCCUGACACUCCAACUGCAGUUUCUGAGAAAUUAUUAUCUAUGAAAUCUGACGCGGUUGUAAGACCUGGAGAGUCUAGCCAGAAACGACCCACAGUGUUGGGCCUGUUUGCCUCCCCUGAAGGUAACACACAUACUAAGGUAAGCGAUAAUGUUUUUACUAUCCCAGAAGAAGUGUCUUCGCCGCCUACACAAGACGUUUUCUCGCCCAAUUCAGUCGACGAGGUUUCCUCCCCCAACAGAACUGAAAUUUCCUCGCCCAAUUCCGACGAAAUUUCACCGACUACAAACUCGUCUGAAGAGCUACCGCUAUUGUCUCUGAACGCCAGCCCCACGAAUGGAGCUGAACCUGAAAGCGGUAGCUCUAUUGAAACACCUAAAACGUCCUCUAGUAUUCCUGAAGCGCAGCAUCGUAAUGAACUGACACCUACAACAAGUCAAGGUGGCACCUCGGAACCUGAUGGGGUUCCAAAACUACGGUUUUGUUUACCGGGCAAGCGUGGGGCGAGGGGAGAUGGGGUGAGGUUGUGGGGUAGAAAACAUAAAAAGAAACGCCCUCCGUCUAAAGGGAAGUGUGAAUCAGAUCUUGAGCCAACGGGUACAAAUUCAAUGUCGCUUUUGCUACCGCAUGGAGCAAGUCAGUGUAGUGAAAUUGAAGAGAAGCCUGAAGUUUUGGAGCAUAAUGCAUCCGCGGAUGUAUAUUCUAAGGAUUCUGAUAAAGCUAUGGAUAUCGGAUCUGCGGAUAACGGAUAUACGAAUGACGGAAUUGCGGAAUCCGAAUCUACGGGUAAUGGAGUCACAAAUAACGGAAAUGCGGAAACUGGAUAUUCGGAUCAUGGACGAGCAGAUUUUGGAUCUACGGAUCAGACAACUGCUGAAAGAAAUACUACGGGUUUAGAACUUACCGAGACAGAUUCUACUGAUACCAAACCAGUGAAUACCAUAACUGAGGAGCCAAAACCACGGAUUGUAGUUAAUUCACCAGUCGAAGAAGAAAGUAGCCAUUGGGAUUUUGAUCUGUCGUCAGAUAAACCAAGUGGCAGUAACAUUGGUAAUUCUGAGACGACACAGAAGGGAGAGGGUGUUACUUUGCCCGAUGAUGAGAUUGCUGAUACAACAAGACCACCGAAUGUUGCUAGCUCACGUCCCAGUAUAUGGGACAUAGCAAGUUCCGAGAACAAUGUCUCUCCAGAACCAGGAGGAUCACGUUUUUCUGUUUCUAGGAACAGUGAUGAUUCGGAGAAUACUAGAAAUCCCAAACCAAGUAGCUCUCGUUUUACUGUGUCUCCCUCUUGAUUUCCUAGACAAUAUUUCCUAAAACCUUGUGGUCUGUGAUUGCUUGAGAAAUUGCAAUUGAUAUAUUUAUAAUAUACAUGACACCGUUUGAUGAAAAGUAAGUUCAUAAUUGAGUGUUAUAGGGAUAUAAUAUGAAGAAAAUAACCAGCUAGAGGUUUCUUUCAGUGAAAAAUAGUUUUCAAUACCAAAGUUGUCAUUUUGAACUUUGUUAUUUUGGAUUGUGAUUUUCGUUUUUUGUACUCAGAACUAGAAUUUGAUUGACUAAAAGUUUAGGGCUUUGAUAUAUGCAGAUUAAUCAAUCCAUUAAUGAGUUUUUAUUUGCGUUACGCGGUAUGGAUGUGUUUGUAUGGAAAAUUAAUCGAUAUAAACAGUCAUACAUGAACUGUAAUAUUUUGCAAAGAUUAUUUACUUAUAUAGAAAUUAUUUAUUAAUAAUUUAUAUUUUAUAGUUUUGAGUUUGUAACUGCACAAGGAGUAAUAAAUACUGAAUUUGAGGAUUGAGUGUUUUAUACAUUGUAGUUCUUUAUAAAAUAAAGACAUUUAGUAUUAAAUAUAUUUAAGACGUUUUAAUACAAGCUUGUGUUGGUGAAUGUUCAAUAAUUUAAAUGUUCAUGUUGCUAUAUGUCAAAUGUUAAUUACAUAUUAUUAAAA